AUGGAGACUGAAGAGACCAAAGGGCCUGCAACCCAGCCUCUUGCCUCGCCCAUUAUCGAGGCAGCAUCAACUUCUCCUGGGGCGAUCGAAGGACUCCCAGUCCCCCUUCCUGCCUCGCCUACUACCAUCGAGCCGAUAUCGUUGUCUCAACCUAGCUCAGGCUCAUUGGAGGAACUAAGCCACCAUGAUGAGACAUCAGACGCACAGCUUGCCAGUGUGACACCUCGCCGGCAGUUUCACUACCCUGUGAUGAAAGAAGCGUUGAAAGUACUUAUCGACAACACCAUCUCGGUUGUGGAGUACGGGAACCAGGUGCUAUACAGAUGUGGAUAUGCAGAGGCUCUGAUUAUUGUUGAGUGGGUUGUACCCGAUAAACAGCUGCUGCUUGCUUCACAGCAUUUGCUCGAAAACAACUGGCCACGCCUUCUUUACUACGAGAAAGAUUGGAAGGGAUGCCCUAGAAUGCCUGAAUACCAGGAAGCUCAAUACCUGAUGCACGACCUUGAUGGCCAGGGCUGGAUGCGUGUCCAUCUUAUUCCUUUGUCACUGGUUGGUUUCACUCUUGAGGAUACUGUCGAGGUUCCCUCGACAUUUGCCCAUGAGUGCCACCUCCUCACGCCCAAACCUCCCCAUUACAUGUCAUCCUUGAUACGUCAUCUCUUGCAGCUCCCGAUUGGACACAGCAGCAGAGUUCGAGUUGAGAAGGACCUAAUGGGGUUUAUUUCUGCUUACAUACUCAAAGAUGGGCCGGCUGAUACAACUCUUUGGACCCAUCUUAAUCACCCGGAGAGCGACGAGGACUACCAGAAAAGAGUCGAAGAAGGGGUCCAAUUUAUGAAGACAUGGGACUGGGGUAAUAUCGAGGAAAGAUACCUGACCAUAGCUGAAUGUGCAGUCCGAGAUUGCCGCUACAUCGAUACGCUGACGGACGUCCAUGAAGGGAAGCGCACCCCCUGA